AUCUGGAGCCUAUAUGUCUGCUUCACAAAAUAUCGGCUCGAUCAAACGCUCAACAUGGUUCCCGUCCUACAGGUCCGUGUCUAUACGCUUACUCAUAGAGAACAACUUUCUGUGGGGAGCGCCGGGCAAUAUUCUUGUCCACAAUGGCAAGCGAUCAAGCUAAGAAUGCUGGUGCUGUGGCCCAGGAACAUCACAUGCCACCAUACCAGCCAUACGGUGCCUACUCGCAACCUUUCCCCGUCUACUACGAUCCCAGCCAUCCUGAACCGAAUGGCGGGCCACACCCAGCACCUCCGUAUAUCUAUCACUAUCCACCUCCAGGCAUGAUGUACCCUUAUCCUCCUCCUGGAUUCCCGCCCUACGCUCCUCCUCCGCAAACUAACUUUCAGCGUGUUAAGCGCAAGCAGGUCAAGAUGGCGUGUACCAACUGUGCGAAUGCCUGCAAGCGUUGCGACGAGCAACGUCCAUGUGAGCGAUGUGUCAAAUACGGCAUCCCAGAGUCAUGCAUAGAUGGUGUGCGUAAGGAGCGACAGAAAGGAAUUAAGCGAGGACCCUACAAGCGCAAAAAUAAGUCCGGCAACAGCGACCCUGCCACCUCGCCUACUCCUAAUGCCACCUUCGAGACCUUCUCGUCCACCCCACCCGAAGCGAAUGGAGAUCCGGUUUGGCACCCUCCGAGCGUGGCACAAGGUCCUGCGACCACAGCUCCUGCACCCCCGUCAAUGUCAUCCUUUCCACCACCACCAGAGGGAGGAUAUUAUCCGCCCCCAUAUUUCUACCCUGCCCCUCCUGGCUUCGUACCGCCCUCUGAGGGUCAAGCGCCUGCGGAAGGGUCGCCAAAUGCUGGGGCACCUCCUGCGAUGGUCCCUUACUAUAUGCCCCCUCCCGGAUACUAUGGACCGCCGUAUUAUGGCCCUCCUGGCGUCCCGCCGCCCACCAUGGAUCCAGCUCAGGCUGAACUCCAAAGGACGUCUGGCCACUCUGGGGAUCCUGAUCCUGAUGUCGAAGAAAUUCCUCCGCCUGCUCCAAAGACAACCUCGAAGAAGAGAUCAAGAGUGGGAAAAGAUGGGCAGCCGAAAGUGAAGAAGUUUAAGAGUGCUGCUGUCGUGCAAGAGUCUUCAACAUCUAGCGGUACGACGGGAGGGAGCGACCAGGCCUCGGAACCUGGACAUGGCAGCCCAGCUGAGAAUGGUGAUGCAUGAAUGUCACUGGUUCUCUCCUUUCUUGCUGCCCACAGAUCCCUGCUUUCGCGCCGCUCUUGUUUCUUUGU